AUCAAACUUCAACUUAGUCAGUUGGCAUGCACGCUGGUAUGCAUAAACAACGUAGAAAAUCGUGAUUAUAUAACAUCCGUUUCUGAAGAAUUAUACAAUUGUUUUUUGCAAGAAGAGGACAAGACAAUGGUGGGUACGAAUAAGUUAAGAAAAAGCAUUAAGGAUCGAAAGGUGAAUUCGACGACGCCAGAAGAAAUGUUCGAAAUGAUUUUCAAAUCACAGGAGAAUCGUAUCAACGAUCAACGAUGCGAUCCCGAUCUUGUGCAUCAAGCUCUGACCAUUCAAGAUGAAGAUUUCUUCGGAUUAAUCUUACGUCUACAAUCCAAUCGUAUUGACGAACAGCGGUGUAUUCUCCCAGAAGGGAGACAUAAUCAAAGUGCCACAAAAGCUAAGCAGAUGAAGCCAAGUUCCGAGGCUAGUUUAUUGACCUGAUUGAAAUUUGUGGUUUUGUCAUGAUAUUUUAGAUGCAUCGGUGCAUUUAAGCCAUGUGAAUAUUUUAAGCAAAAUAUAUUGAAUUGUUUUAAUCUGAUAUUUAAUUGUCGUAAGGACAUGACAGUUCAAGUUCUUGACACAAUCUUUUGAUUGUUUCUCUUUAUUGGAAAGCAUAUUGUUUUUAAAGCAGUGUUUCAUAAAAAUAUUAGCUAGCACAUCUGUGCGUUUUAAAGCUUUGUUUUUUUAUAAAACUGUUUUUAUUUUUGUUAGGAGUUUUCGUGUACGAUUUUAAUUCAUUUUGAUAGAUAAAUACAUGUGAAUAUAUCGA